CUCGAACGGUCGAGGCAUCGAAACGCUCGACAGGCAUCGUAGCGACUGGUAGCGACUGUUUUUGUUAGGUUAUGAGACAACCGUAUUAAAGAUGUUCAAACAGAUUCUCCGAUCCGGGCCCGGACAUAAUUUAAAUCAGAUUUUACCGGUUACGUCAAAAAAGGCUGCCACGAUAUGUUCGAACGUGAUUCAAUGUCGGGACACUCGGACGUUUGGUACUGCCGCAGCUACGAAAAAAUGGGAUUUGUACAGCGCUGUCUGUUUAGAACGUCAUCCGGUUAUAACGCAGUCGAUGCAAGAAAUAGAACUGAAGUUUCAUGACAUGUUAAGGAAAGUGGAGUAUGAAAAUAGUCUAAAGUGCGAUUAUGAAUUGAAAAAGGAAAGAGAGGAGAAGCAGAAGAAGUCAACCGAUGUGGACGACGCAGAUAUUUUAGUGCAAACUGCGCAGGACUUUGAGGAUAGUUAUCAAGAGGAAUUUAAAAAUUUUAAAUUUGCGCCAAGAGUUACGAAAUUUGAUGAACAAAAUGUAACGUCGUCUUUAAAACGUAAAUUGGACAAAAAUUUGCUGUUAUUGGUGCAACAGAAAGUAGGUGAUUUACAUUAUUGGAUACCUCCCCAAGAUAUUCGAAAGGAAGGAGAGACCAUGAGACAAACUGCGGAGAGAAUAUUACAAGAUACAUGUGGUGCAACAAUAAAAGUGAAGUUUUAUGGAAAUGCACCUAUUGGAUUCUAUAAAUAUAAAUAUCCUAAGAAGCUUUGCGAGCAAGGAAGUUAUGGUGCUAAAAUAUUUUAUUUCUUAGCCAAAUAUAUGGAUGGAGAUAUCACCAACAAUGUAAAAUACCAGUGGUUAGAUCACGAAGAAUUACAAAAAGUAUUACCUACUCGAGUACAACAGAGUAUUUCACAAUUUAUGUUUACGUAAAGAAUAAUAUAAAAUAUUGAACU